UGAUGCGGGAAGCAAUUCAUACAUAACCUCUCAUUUGUGCUAGAAUCUUGUUUACUGUAAGAUUGUGACUUACGAAAAUUAAUAAGUGUAUUAUAUUAGAAGAAAAAACAAUACUGUUACCCAUAUCGACAUAAAGAGUAUUGUUGACAAAUUCAUAGAUAAACAUUAAAAUGCCGAGUGUCAAAAGAACUUUGCCAAAUAUUCUCAUUACAGGUACUCCUGGAGUAGGUAAAAGUACUAUGGCAGAGCAAUUAGCAGGAAAAACGGGUCUUACUUGGCGAGAUGUUAGUAAAUUAGCGAAUGAAAACAAAUGUUUAAAAGAAUACGAUGAAGUUUAUAAAUGCCCUGUUCUUGAUGAAGAUAAGUUGCUGGACAUUAUGGAAGAGUUUAUGAAUAAGGGUGGAAAUAUCGUGGACUAUCAUGGUGCUGAUUUCUUUCCGGAACGAUGGUUUGACAUCGUAUUUGUUCUUAGAACUGAUAACACCAUUUUAUAUGACCGUUUAACUGCUAGAGGAUAUGAGGGUAAGAAGCUAGAGGAUAAUAUUGAUUGUGAAAUAUUUCAAACGAUCCUUGAAGAAGCUAAAGCAUCCUACAAAGAUGAGAUCGUUCAUGAGUUGAAAAACAACACUUCAGAACAAAUGGAAGAAAAUAUUAAUAGAGUAUGCCAGUGGCUUGAUCAAUGGAAGAAAGAUAAUGAUAUUGUAUGAAUAAUGUAAAGGCUGAAAUAUUUUAUAAAACGUAUGAAUUAUAUUA